CUUUCUUCCUCGCCCAUCUCCUUUCUUCCCAACGCCAUUUUUUCUUCUAUUUUUUUCUUUUCAUUUCCACUACCACCACAGUAAACUUGGUAGUACACGAAGAUAUAUUUUUGACACAUUAUGAAUACUACGUUGACGACACAGCCAGAGCAUGUACUGAAGCUUCAGACCACAGAUAGAGACAAUGAUGUCCCAUCUGAUUCGGAAGCGGAUGAUGACUACGGAUAUGAUGAGGAUCAGGAGGAGGAAGACAGUAAUGGGAUCAUUGAUCAUACAACAUUUGACCAGUUACUGGAGAUGGACGAUGAAGAAGACCGUGAGUUCUCAAAGUCCUUGGUUUUCAAUUAUUUCGAGCAAGCAGAGCAGACAUUUGAAGAGCUAGAAGAAGCCAUGUCACGUCUUGGCUUCGCAGAUCUUUCGAGACUUGGUCAUUUUCUGAAAGGCUCAUCUGCAGCCUUGGGACUGAUCAAGAUUAAGUCCUCAUGCGAGAGACUGCAGCAUUAUGGAAACCGUAAAGAGGCUGAUGGUGUCACGUCUAUAACGAACAAGGAAGCUGAAUUGCUGAUCCGAGCCUUGUUGAUUCAGAUGAGGAAAGAAUAUGAAGAAGCGAAGGAAUAUUUGAAAGACUUUUACAAAGAUGGAGAUGAGUAAAUAUUGUUUUUUGUAUCUUUCGUUCUGUUAUUACAUCUCUUUAUUUUACAUCUAUCUAGUCAUCUCUCCUUUAGUAUUUGUUAUAUUUCUUUAUGUCUUACUAUAUUGUCUAAAUACAGACGGACAAAUAUACGAUCGCUG